AGCUACGGGCUACCUAAAUAUUUUGUUGUUUAUGUAAUUAAUUAAUAUUUUAUUUUGUUAUAGAAUAUUGUCGAAAUAUUGAGUUAGUCCGAAAUGAAAGUGAAUUAAAAUAUUUGGAAGAAACAGAGACAAUGAGCAUGACUGUAGAAACUGAUUUAGGGCGCUCGCCACUGUCCCGACUUACUAAUGAAUCUCGAAAUUUACUAUCCUCUCUGCUUAACACAAAAAAGAUACUUCCCUGUAUUUGUCCUGACCAAAUUAAGCGUCACAGAGAUUGGAGGGGAGUAGCAUCACUUGCCAACAUUUCAUCUGAAAUAGCAGCAAGCAUAAAAGAAUACAAUGAUAAGACUGGCAGAGUCUUAGAUUUAUGGAUACAGCGUAGUGAUGGCACAAGUACUAUAGCAAAGUUGCUAGAAAUACUGCGAUGGAUAGACCGAUAUGAUGUUCACGAUGAUUUAUUGGAACUAGCAAGGAAUAAUCAACUCUUGGCCCAUCCUGUAAGUGGUGUGCAGAUUCAUGGUGGUGUACCACAUGUCACAGGGGACAAUGAAGAAGAUCUCAUUACUUUUGAGGAUAAACAAUUUGGAACACCCCAACAUUAUCAUGCCUUUGUGUUGUAUGCAGAGGAAGACAGUCAUUUUGUUAAAGAUCAACUUCUCACGCGAAUGAGAAAUGAAGGUUUUAGAAUGUGUAUCGAAGAAGACCUUCUGCCAGGACACAAUACCCGAUUUGCUGCUGUGGCACGUCUAUUGACAGAGAGGUGCCGUAAAAUAAUUCUUAUCUUCUCUCCUGAUUUUCAUGUCAGCCCUGCUAUUAGGUUUUACACAAACUUGGCUCAGGCUGAUGGUAUUGUUAAACGAGAGCUCAAGUUACUGCCUAUAGAGCUAGUUCCGACGGUGUUACCGGCGAACCUGAGGCACUACUUCUGUCUCAAAUACUCCACAGAAUUGUCCAAGAUCUGUAAUUUUUGGGUGAAGCUCCAAAUGUCUUUGGAAACCAAAGAGUUGCCUAGACUGCACUCGACGUCAUCCACCCACUCGGCCGUGAACAUAACGGAGAUCACGGAGCAAGCUAUCGAAGCUCCUCCGUCUAAGGAUUACUUAGCCCUGCCGAGCGUUCCCAGGACGUCUUCCUCCCUCACCGGUCUAGACUCGAUCGACAUUGAUUACAAGACUCACAUACAGCACGACACGAAGUCCCUCUCGCCGUCCAGCGACAAAAAAAAGAAGGACGGAUAUUUUACGAAUAUUUUUAAUAAGCUCAAAGGUAAGAAGCACAAAAAGGCAAUAAUGCUACCGAACUGACGAAACUUGGCUCGUGAUGUAAAUUUCGAUUAUUCCAUUUAUAUUAUUUAGAACAAUUAAGAUGUAUCAUAAUGAAUAUGUUGUGUUGAGAUGCGUUUGAUCUCACGAUAAAUGCAUUUUGAAAAGUUCUAAGCUUACGCAUCGGCGGGUGAUGAUGGUGAUGAUGGUCACAUGGUGAAAAUGUUUUCUGGUCGGGCCUGCCUCGUUGCUCUGUAAACACUAAUGGCUACGUCUUUUGGGUUCUUUAAAAAUUGUAAUUACCUGAUAAAAGCAAAAACGGAGUAGAGCUACUGAUAUUUGAUAAUUCGUUUAAAAACUCAUGUAUUUUGUAAGUAAAUUUUGAAUGUUACCAUUAUCGUUGCAAUAUUUAUUGCUUAUAAAGCAAAUUUUGCCUAAUUAAGAGGAAUCUAGGAAAAGUAUUAAAAAAAUAUUUGUUAUUUAUUAUUGGAAGGAAUUUUGUUUAAUGACAAGCGUAACGAGAUUAUAAUGAAUCUAUAGAGCCUAAUCGUUGAACCGGGAUUGAGGUCAUCAUUUUUAGAAAAAAGAAAAUUGCUGGACAAUUAUUAUUCAAAUCAUCGAUGUAGAAGUUUCAACCAUUAUUUGGCUUAAUUAAAAAUUACAAAAUGAAGCUAGCAAUUUUAAAGAUACAAUUGCAUUUAAAUAAAUAAAAAUAUUUUCAAAGACAAUUUGUUUUGGAUAGAAUAGAUACAGAGACAAUAGAGCCAAUAUACCAAUAAUUCAGCAUUUAAAUUUCUAUUUAUCGGUAAAAAGUAUAUUUACACGCUACUACAUGCAAAGUCAGGGUGCUUCCAAGAGUUAUAUUUGUAUGUAU